CCUUAACCAACCCCGGGGGUCAGAGAGGAUGGGUUGAAUAAACGUUAACGGCCUAUUCCACAUUUCCGAGCGAGCGCUCCGAUGCCGGAAUCGGAUUCGGAUUCGUCAUUGGACCUUUUAGGACGUCACUCAAAACCUUUGCCUCACCUUUUGAGCGACUUGACAGUAUGGCGGAAGGGAAGGGAGAGGAGAAGAAGAAGCCCAUUGUUGCGUUCCUGGGGCCGAAGGCGAGUUAUACGCAUCAGGCUACCCUCGACGCCUUCAACGAAGACUCCUUCACGCUCUCCCCGCAAAUCACAAUCGAAGACGUCUUCUCCGCCGUUCAGUCUGGCACCGCUUAUCGCGGCGUCGUCCCGUUCGAAAACAGCUCGAACGGCUCCGUCGUCUUCACCCUCGACCUCUUCGCCGACCUGCAGAACAAGUACCCCGACAUCCUCGUCUGCGGCGAAUCUUACAUCGCCGUGCAGCACUGCCUCCUCGGGCACCAACCCCAUUCCGCUUCUGCUUCUGCUUCUGCUUCUCUGGCCGAGAGAGGAGGAGGACCGCACGGACUAGCCAGUGUGAUUGAAAGCCCCCUAAGUAGCGGAGCCGUCACGCCGACGACGAAAGAACCCGCGCCAAAGAAGCCGACUGCUCGACCCAUCGCAGACUUGAGCCGUGUGAAGAAGAUAUACAGCCAUCCGCAGGCCUGGGGCCAGUGCAAAGCCUUCCUCAACACGUACCUCAAGGGCAUCGAGCGACAAGACGUGUCAUCCACUUCGCGCGCCGCCGAACUCGUAGCCCAAGAUGGCACUGGCUCGACGGCGGCGAUAAGCUCCUUCGUCGCGGCCCGGAUCCAUGGCCUUGACGUCCUGGCAAAAGCUAUCGAGGACCGCAGCGACAAUACAACGCGCUUCUUCAUCCUCCGCAACGCCACCACUUCAGCAUCUUCUCCGCCUUCCCCAGACCCAGCGGCAUCCGGCGAAGCAGCGGCCGCGAACCACGAAAACUGGAAAACGCUCGUGAGCUUCACCGUUGACCACAAUAACCCCGGCGCGCUUGCGCACUCGCUCGCCGUGUUCGAGCGGUACGAGCUCAAUCUGACGUCGAUUAACACGCGGCCGAGCGGGAUGCAGAACUGGAAUUACAUUUUCUUCGUUGAGAUCAAGGGGAGGAAGUUGGAGGGGAGUGAGGAGGGCGCGGUGAAUAAGGCGCUGAGGGAUCUGGAUGGGGUGUGUAGGGGGUGGCGGUGGUUGGGGAGCUGGGAGAAUAGGCUGGCGAGGUAAGCCGAGAGGGUGUAACUGGAGGUAGAGAUAGAGUAGAGGAGGUAUACAGGCUACAUGGCUUGGAUGAGUUGCGGAGCUCCGGAAACCGCGUGUUGGAUGGGGGUUCAAGAGGUGAGAAGAGGAUGGCGCAGGGACAGUAUACUGGAUUGGACAUCAUCUGGUGUCUCUUUCCCCCUCAUUUGGCCGAACCAGAGGCCCUGAUUAGAUCUCCAAGAAAAUUAUACAUC